UGGCUUGAUUCGAUUAUGUGUCCUCGACUCUGUGCCGCACCACACACAGAAUGCCAGUUGCAUUCAUAGCGAUAUGUCGUCGACGUUUUCGUUGUCGGGUUGGACAUUUUACUGGAUACAAAAAGUGGCCGUGGCAGCGCUACUUCUGCACUAUGGACUGAGCAAGGUCUUUGGGCUGAUGGCUGCCUCCACGCCGCACAGAGGGCGAAGAGUGCGGGAGUCACUGUACUGGCGCAUCCAUGGCUAUGUGAUGCUCAUCUUUGUGGGCUGCUUCUCGCCGUUUGCCUUCGCCUCGGUCUACCAGCGGAUGGCCUUUCUGCGCCAGAACCGCCUGCUUCUGCUGAUUGGAUUUAAUCGCUACGUCCUGAAUUUGGUCUGCACCUUUGCCACGCUCUACAUCCACACCACGAAGCAGAAGGAGAUCGUCGGGUGUCUGAAUCAGUUGCUCCGUUGUCGGCGAAAGUUGAAGCGCCUGAUGCACACCCCAGAGCUGCGGCAAUCCAUCGACCACCUGUCCACGAGGAGUAACCUUCUAAUCGUGGCUGUGCUCAUCGUGGUGUACAUCCUGUCGCCGGUGCACACCGUACAGAUACUCUCUUGGGACCCCGCGGUUAGGGCCAAUUUUCUGUACGCCUUCAGCCUGGUAUUCAUCUACGCCUGCAAUCUGAUCCUGCGGCUCUCCCUAGGACUAUACGUACUGGCCCUGUUGCUGCUCGACCACCUGGGGCGUCAUUCAAAUCAGCUGCUGGCCAGAAUCCUAGCGGAUGCUGCCUCGCUGCGUCCGCCCUUUGGCUACGGCAUCAUUCGGCGGCGUCAACAGCUCUACCGCAGCCAACAGACGUGGCUGGCCCUCGAGCUCUGGCGCCUGCUGAAUGUCCACCACCAACUGUUGGCCCUAUACCGCUCGAUAUGCUCGCUCACCGGCCUCCAGGCUGUCUGCUUUGUGGGCCUGGUGCCACUCGACUGCAUGAUGCACAUGUUCUUCACCUACUUCAUGCACUACAGCAAAUUCAUCCUGCGUAAAUACCAGCGACCCUUCCCCUUGAACUAUUACGCCAUGGUCUUCAUGGCGGGCCUCUUCACCAAUCUCAUUCUGGUCAUCUUUCUCACCCAUCGGAUGAGCCGUUGCUUCGCCCACACCCGGGAGGCGCUCAGGAGUGGUGUGCUGGCGCUGCCACCGGGUGGCACAGUCAAACAGCUCAAUCAAACUCUUCACUACUACGGACUGUACCUGAAGAAUGCCGAUCACAUAUUUGAGGUUAGCGCCUGUGGACUGUUUAAGCUGAAUAAUGUAUUAUUAUUCUGCAUUGUGGAGGGGAUGUUGAACUACCUGAUGAUACUCAUACAAUUUGAUAUGGUCAUAAACAAAUAGGCGAGACAACGUCGAGCAAUGACAAGUGCGAUAAAUAAAUACAC